GUCGUGUGCGUGGGAGUGGGGGGCGGUCUACGUCAGUGCAGAUCACCGGGCUACACAUUUUACACAAGGUGCCGGGCCAGUUGGAACCCAAGCCGGAUUUUACAUCUUCAUUCUUACCAAUCGCGCCACUCGCUUCCACAAACAAGCUAAUUAACCUCUCCGUUUGAAGGUCUCCAUACCAGAGAGUCCCCCCGGUCCAACAGCCCGGCAUCAGCUCUACGGCAGGCACCACGUCCGAGACCCCCGCCCACUCCGCCCUAGAGCUCCUCCACACUCCCAUGCUCUCGGGCCGCUCCUGAUCCACCACCUCCCGUUCUUCUCAGCAACAGACCACCCCCCCCCCCCCCCAAGAUGGAGGACGACGGGCGCUACCGGGACGGCCGCUCGGACUUCAUCCGCGGCGCCAAGGAUAUCGCCAAGGUGGCCAAGAAGCAGGUUGGCAAGAAGAUGGGCCGUGGCGCCGACAAGAUGGCCGACGAGUACACCAAGCGCUCGUACAAGCGCUUUGAGGAGGAGGAUGACGACGACGACUACGGCGGGGCGCCGGGCAAUGACGCGGGCUACCACCGCAACGACAGCCGGGCGGCCAAUGACGAGGACGAGGACGCCGCCGGCCACAGUGACUCCACCGAGGGCCACGACGAGGACGACGAGAUCUACGAGGGCGAGUACCAGGGCAUCCCGCGGGCUGACUCCGGGGGCAAGCCGGGCGGCGCCGAUGGCCUGGGCGCCGGGCAGGCCCCCUUCAGGGACCUGUCGGCCUACGAGGCGGAGCGGCGGAAGGACCAGGAGGAGCUGGCGCAGCAGUACGAGACCAUCCUGCAGGAGUGCGGCCACGGCAAGUUCCAGUGGACGCUGUACUUUGUGCUGGGCCUGGCGCUGAUGGCGGACGGCGUGGAGAUCUUCGUGGUGGGCUUCGUACUGCCCAGCGCCGAAAAGGAUAUGUGCCUGUCGGAGCCCAACAAGGGCAUGCUGGGCCUGAUCGUGUACCUUGGGAUGAUGGUGGGGGCCUUCGUGUGGGGCGGAAUGGCCGACCGGAUUGGCCGGCGGCAGACCCUGCUCAUCUCCCUGUCCAUCAACAGCGUGGCCGCCUUCUUCUCGUCCUUUGUCCAGGGCUACAGCUCCUUCCUGUUCUGUCGCCUGGCCUCCGGCGUGGGUAUCGGAGGCUCCAUCCCCAUCGUGUUCUCCUACUACUCUGAGUUCCUGGCCCAGGAGAAGAGGGGCGAGCACCUCAGCUGGCUCUGCAUGUUCUGGAUGAUCGGCGGCAUCUACGCCUCCGCCAUGGCCUGGGCCAUUAUCCCCCAUUACGGCUGGAGUUUCCAGAUGGGCUCGGCCUACCAGUUCCACAGCUGGCGUGUGUUCGUCCUGGUGUGCGCCCUGCCCUCAGUGGCCGCUAUAUGUGCCCUCACCACCAUGCCCGAGAGCCCCCGCUUCUUCCUGGAGAACGGUAAACACGACGAGGCAUGGAUGAUUCUGAAGCAGGUUCAUGACACCAACAUGCGGGCCAAGGGCUACCCAGAGAGGGUCUUCUCUGUGACCACCAUUAAGACGGUGAAGCAGAUGGAUGAGCUGGUGGACAUGGGGGAGAGCCUCGCCUGGCAUCAGAAGUGGAGGAUGAAGCUCAGUGCCUUGUUCCAUCAGGUACGUGGUAACUUCCUGGCCAUCUUCUCCCCAGAGUACCGCCGCACCACCUACAUGAUGAUGGCCGUGUGGUUCUCCAUGUCCUUCAGCUAUUACGGCCUGACGGUGUGGUUCCCAGACAUGAUCAAGUACCUCCAGAAGCAAGAGUAUUCGUCGCGCACCAAGACCUUCACCCAGGAACGCAUGGAGCAUGUCACCUUCAACUUCACCCUGGAGAACCAGGUCCACAAGAAGGGCCAGUACUUCAACGACAAGUUCAUGAACCUGAAGAUGAAGUCAAUGGUGUUUGAGGACUCUCUGUUCGAGGAAUGCUACUUUGAGGACAUCACCUCCAGCAACACCUUCUUCAAGAACUGCACCUUCAUCGCAACCCUUUUCUACAACACAGACCUGUUCAAGUACCGGCUGAUCAACAGCCGACUCAUCAACAGCACGUUUCUGCACAACAAGGAGGGCUGCCUGCUCAGUGACGUCAGCGACGACAACAACGCCUACAUGGUGUACUUUGUCAGCUUCCUGGGCACUCUGGCCGUGUUGCCGGGCAACAUUGUCUCCGCGCUGCUCAUGGACAAGAUCGGAAGGCUGAGGAUGCUGGCCGGCUCCAGUGUGAUCUCCUGCGUCAGCUGCUUCUUCCUGUCCUUCGGUAACAGCGAGUCGGCCAUGAUCGCUCUGCUCUGCCUGUUCGGAGGCAUCAGCAUCGCCUCCUGGAACGCCCUGGACGUCCUCACGGUGGAGCUCUACCCCUCUGACAAGAGAUGCACUGCGUUUGGCUUCCUCAACGCCCUCUGCAAGCUGGCCGCCGUACUGGGCAUCAGCAUUUUCACCUCCUUCGUGGGCAUCACCAAGGCAGUGCCCAUCCUCUUCGCGUCGGGGGCCCUGGCGGCCGGCAGCUUCCUGGCCCUCAAGCUGCCCGAGACGCGGGGCCAGGUACUGCAGUAGUGGGCAGGUGGGGAGUGCGUGAGUAGGGUGGCGGACGGGGAGGCAUCAGAAAGGUGUUAGCCACACUGUGAACAAGCAAAAAACAAAAAAAUACACUCAAGCCCUUGACACUCUACCCUCUAACCCCGACUCCCCCCCCCCCCCCCCCCCCCCCGGAUGUAACACAAAAUUAACAACGGUCAGAUCUCUGCAUAGAAGUCAACGCGAUCCGCCCACCGGCUGUAUAUACAUAUAUUAAGAUAUUCUUGUCAUUUGGAUUCACCGACCAUCAUACAGACACACACAAACACACCAUGCUCUAUAGCGAUUGGUGGGUGUGGUGAAAGCCUGUGUGAUGCUUUUAACAUUGGUGGGAUCCCGGUCAGAUAUUGCAACUGCCGAGAUUCUGAAUCGGGGGCCAGUUCAUAGUGCAAGGCGCCUUUUUAUGAGUGCAUCGUUGGUGUGUUUUUUGAGAUGGGGCCACUAGCACAAAAACACCAGUGGCCCAGACUGGGGUAAGAGGUUAGAGAACCAGGGUCCUUGAGAAGGAGCAAUGCAUAUAGACAGAGUGAUGAGGAUGAUGACCACUCUCCAUUGGCUUCAAACGUCUUCGACAUAAUGUUCAUCGCUAUUCACAUCACCUCUACGGUCCUCUCUGCCUUUCAAUUUUUUUAUUUGAAAAGAAUAAAUUACUUUUUAUUUGAAGCAUUGUUGAUCCUAAACCCAACACAUGCUUUGAUUGGCUUGGUCCUGUCACAUGACCGGCCCUCACUCUUAUAUAUCCUAACGGUCUUGUGUCGGUGUACAACCUAACUGCCAUUUUAUAGAUUAUAGAACAUUCAAGGUCCUUCAUUUCGGAGCUCUUUUCCCUUUAAAACAUUACUUUUUGAUAUUUUGAACAGCUGAGCGGAGGUGCAUGGAUUCUCCCCGAACAAGACCAUGGUGAAACAGUAAAUGCUGCCAGAUGUAUCGUUUGCAUCUCAAAAGUAUUAAACACAAAUAGUUCACACUGAAUUUUAACAUUAAAAGCACAACUGUUUGCCAGUGUGAAUGCCAAUAACAUGCUUCAAAUUCGAUGAAAGUCAUUCAUAAUUUCCAAAUUCAUCCAACUUGAACCUUUUUAAGAUUUAUAGUGCAAUUUUAAAUCCAUCUUAUUUGAUGAAAUGCCUACAGUAUUGUGAAGUACUUGCAGGUGUACGGUAUAUUUACUUUCAAACAAUGUGCUAUGCAUAUAACAACGUAUCUACUUGACUUUGGGGUAAGUUGAACAGUGGCCCCCAUUUAGACACAUUGCAUUUAUGCUUUGACUCCACCUCUUAAGUUGUGCAACCUAGGAUAUAUUCAAGAAGCUACCCCAAAAAAGGCUACAUUGCAUUUGAUUAACCAUGAAAGUUAACAAUCUUAAAGCACAACCCAACCCUUUAAAUGUGCAAUCAUCCAGAUUUUCUGUUAUUCUGUUUGCAUAUACAGAUGAUAAUCAUCUGUUUAUAUAGUCAAUCAUAAAUAUAUACAUUAUAUACAUUAUAUAUAUAUAAAUAUGUAUAUAAAUGUAUAUGUAAAGCUACAUUGUAUAGCUUACAAUUACAAAUUCCAUGCAUAGUCUAUUCCAACUGAAGCAGUUUCCAUUCAUAAAGAACCGAUUAACUAAUAACUGAAUGGUCUCGGAAAGAAUGUGUUUCAUCAUUAUAUUAUAGAUGAUUAUAGAUAUAAAUAUAGCCAAACAAAUAUCCAGAUAGAAAUAUAUAAACGUGUGUGUUGAAAAUAACAGCUCCCUUCCAGUCCAGAGAAGAUACAAUAAUAAAGGGAUCGUUCUCAUCUGUAUAAUUGAGUGGAAACGUCAAGGUUUAACUUCAUGUGUGAAUGGUUUUAUUAUAAAUGGCAGGUGCCUAAAAAAUGAAGAUUAAUUAUUUUAUAGCAAUGUUGAGAUGUAGACAUCUCUCUUGUGGAAGGUUGAACCUCUCAUUGUGUCAUUGGACUUUUUAAAUGCUAGGCUGGCAUUUUAACUUGACUACAGUCCUCACUAACAAUCAAACUAUCUAAACUGGCGUGAUUUUAGCUAUGUUUAAAAGUUGAUUUGUUGCUCUAGGGAUACAUUAAUCUUUUUUUUAUCAAACUUUAAAUGAAAGUAUAAAUGGUAGUUUACCAUCAAGUUUGAUCUAAGUCAUUGUGCCCAAAGUAGAAAACCAGAAUUUCCUUUUCUAUUUAUUUAUUUAUUAUUUAUUUUUGCAGGGCACAGCUCAAAAAGUAACAUGGUUUACACAUACAGAGAUGGGUUGGUAGUUGAAGCUGAGCGAAACAGCUAUUAAUUUAGCUCUAUUCAAGACAAUUAUAACUUCACAGAGAAGAUCACACACAGGAAUAAUGGUGGGAAGCCCACUGCCAGGUUCUCAAUUUGAACCCCAAAAAUGGCACAGAACCAUGGAUCCAUUUCCACUCAAUGGGUCCAAAUCACCAAAACCAGAUAUGUUCACAUUUGCGUGGGAAAAUAAACUCUGUCACAAAUCAGAUCCAAUCAAAAAUCAAAUCAGGUUAGAUCAAAGAAAACUAGGAUUAUUCUUUUGUCCAACUGCCAUUUUGUAGGAUAGCAGCCAUAUGUAGACUUGAGACAGGUAAAAAAAAAAGGAAAAGACAACCCACUGCACUAUGUGUACUCUGAUGUACAACCCCGCUAACCGAUGUCUUCAGUGCUUCGAGACACAAGAUAGGUCGCUUGUCCAGCUGGCGUUUUAAAAAGAGCGAGCACAUAGACUAAACACACAACCAAAUAAUCCGAUCACCAACACAAAUGCAGUUGUGAACAUAGGCGUUCCGAGGACAUGGAUGAAUCCCCCCCCCCAUAUAACAUCCCACAAUAUAUGUUUUCAAACAAACUGGACAUCUGUGACCAUCAUGUGACUCAUUUGUGAGCGUGAGGAAAGCACCGUAAAUUAUUGCCAAAUAUUUCUUUGUGUCAAUCCGUCAGAUCUCUGAUAUAGAUAUAAAUAUAUGUAAAUAAAAUCAAAAGGUUAUAAGUAAUAAGAUGACGCCCUGUGUUCUUGGAUCCCUCGGUAAUGUAUCGUGAAUAAGAGUCUUAAAGUGACAAAAAUAACUUUAAUGGUCAGACAGUUUCAGCACAUUAAUGGCCUAGAAAUGAAGAAUUCUACGUAAUCAGAACAACAAAAAGUCAAUGUUUGAAUACCGUUAUUAUGUGUUUUAUCUCACCGUACGUCCUCUGUUCCCCUUGAAAUAAAAAAAGAAAUAACCACGUCAAUGUAAUUACCGCGUAGUUGAACGCAAGAUCGCCAUGAAAACGCAAACUAUUCCAGCAAAUCUGUUAUUCUGUUGGAUUCUCCGUUCAAUUCCAGUUUGUAUGUAGUAUAUACAUAUCCUAGCUUCUGUUACAGGGUUAUUUUGUAUUAUUAAAUUAUUGUUGCCUAAGCAACAGUCAAUUUUGAGUGCAAAAAGUUAACAAAGCAAUAAGUGUGUUGGGAUAUUUGUCUAUUUUCUCUCCCUGAAAAGCACAUUAUUAUUCUAGCCAAGUCCAUGGAAACGCUGACUGUUGGCUCUACAAAACAGGACUGAAUGGCUCACAUUCAUGUGUUCUCUCUAAAGCUAAAUCUAGGUCCUGAAGCUGUCAAUAAGACUGCAAUGCCAUUAACUCAAUAUUAAAAAGAAUUUAUCACAAUCUUCAUUGUACUGUGCUGUAGAAACUGUAGUUGUUUGUAUGUAUGCAUAGAUUCUCUUUGUGAAAGCAUAAAUAUAAAAGGUUACAUUAAAUAAGAAGUGUAAAUGAACUGUACUGUAUGUUGUCUUUGAUUUUGUGUAUUUUGUAAAUGAGAAUGAAUAAUGAGUAAAUACAUGUUAAAUACAGGUUAUGAUAAUAGUUAAGCUAAAUGUUACGAUGUCAAUUCUGUUCUAAGGUGUGUGAGUUUUUUUCAUAUAUUUUAUUUGUUGGGUUUUGGUGGGGGAGUUGCUGUUGGGCAACUGACCCGUUAGAUCUGCAAUGAAUAACAAAAGACCAUGAAUAAAAAUAACUCUAAAAUCAAAA